UGGGGGUACCGAACGGGGCGGGGAGCGGGCUUUGGGGCGGCGUGAGGACGGGAGGGGUGAGAGAGGAUAUGGGGGGGUACGUGGGGUGUGCGACGGGGGCGGAGAUGGAUGGGGGUGCGGGGCAGGGGGCUGUGGAGCACUGUGGGACAAACGGGCACCUGCGGGCGUCCUCACCUGGGUGUGCCAUGGGUGCAGGUGGGCGUCAUGGCGUGAGAGUGCAGCCCUCAGCCUAUUGCCUCUGCGGGGCCACAGCCGCCCCCAUGGCGCUGCGGGAUACCCCCGCGGCCUGCCCGGCCCUGUGGCGGUGGCUGCGCUGCCCUCCAGCUGAGCUGCGCCUGGACCUGGUGCUGGCAUCCGGGCAGGCCUUCCGGUGGCGGGAGAGCAGCCCCGGUGCGUGGACAGGAGUGCUGGGUGACCGCGUGUGGACGCUGCGCCAGGAGCGGGACCGCCUGUGGUACACGGUGUAUGGCAAGGAGACGCCUGGCCCCGAAACUGACCAGAUCCUGUGGGAUUACUUCCAGCUGGAUGUGGGGCUGGCGGCCCUGUAUCGCGCCUGGGGGGCGGCUGACCCCCUCUUCUGCCAGCCAGCCACCGCCUUCCCAGGGGUGCGGGUGUUGCGGCAGGACCCUGUGGAGUGCCUACUGUCCUUCAUCUGCACCUCCAACAACCACGUGGCCCGCAUCACCACCAUGAUCGAGCGCCUCUGCCAGGCCUUCGGCCGACAGCUCUGCUUGCUGGACGAGCAGCCCUUCCACGCCUUCCCCUCCCUGGCAGCGCUGGCAGGCUCUGAAGCAGAGGCCAAGCUGCGGGCGCUGGGCUUUGGCUAUCGAGCCCGCUUUGUCAGCGGCACAGCACGCGCCAUCGCCGAGGGAAUGGGUGCCGAGGGGCUGUGCCAGCUGCGGGCCAUGCCCUAUGCUGAGGCCAGGAGGGUGCUGUGUGCCCUGCCAGGAGUGGGGGCCAAGGUGGCUGACUGCGUGUGCCUGAUGGCCCUGGACAAGACAGAGGCAGUGCCGGUGGACACCCAUGUGUGGAACAUUGCCAGGCAGCGCUACGGGGCAGCACUGGGUGCCCGCUCCCUGACUGCCCGGGUGCACCAGGAGAUCGGUGACUUCUUCCGUGAACUGUGGGGCCCCUAUGCAGGCUGGGCACAAGCGGUCCUCUUCUGCGCUGAUCUCCGCAAGGACCGGGACAGUCGGAGCCAGGCCAGGAGGGGCCGCAGCCAGGCAAGCCGUGGGGCUGGGUGCUCCUAGGGAAGUGGGCAUAGGGGGGUCUGAGAGCAGAGUUUAUCCGUCUUCUGCCCACUGUAUGCUGGCCUCUGGGAGACAAGCCAGGCCAGGCACCAUUUGUCUAUUUCCUUUAUUACAAGGAAUAAAAUAGAAAUGUCCAUUUGGAAAA